AUGAUUAAGACAACACCAUACCGGAAUGUGCUGGUACGGAAGUUGGGAUAUAGUACCAGGCUGGAAAAUUUCAAAUAUGCAAUGACAAGAAAUACAAUGCACGGAAAAACAGCAAUUGCAGGUUUUAGAUCUUGGGCAUCAAGCUCACAAUGUGUGGCGUUUAGCACUGUGACCAUAUGCAGGCAGAAAAAAGAGGGCAAUACAGCAAAUGAAGCAUUUGAUGGACCAGUUACUCCACCACCUACAAAUAUCAAGUUUCCAGAGAUCAUAAGCAUGAAAAAGCUCACAAAAGAGCAACUAAUGAAAGUGGAGGAUGCUAAAAGAAAGCAGGAAGAGCUUGCGAAAAAGUACACGGCGAAGCAGAAGGAGGAAAUAGAACUUACAGGUUCGAAAUAUUACCAACCAAAGAAUCCCUUAGGCUCCAGUAAGAAUAGAGAGCUGAUAGAGCAAAGAAUAGCAUCUAUACGGAAACGACUUGAGAAGCAGGGGAAAUUGCAUGCUGCAGAGCUUCAGAGACUGAAGAAAAAGCAACUGGAGGCGGAAAAGCCACAGUUAAGUGACUUUAAAAGACCAAUUAGUGCAUGCUUUCUUCUUGCAGUAUCUAUAUUUAUGGGAUUAGAGUACGCGUGGUAUUCUUUGGAAGGCGAAGAAAACGUGAUCCACAAGGAAGAGCAGACACGCAUAUACGAGGAGAAGAUACAGGGACUUUUAAACGAGCAGAAACGGGUGGUUGAGGAUAAUAAAUCUGGCAAUGAGAGGAAAGGCUUCUGGAAUAAGCUUGUGGCAUAUUGGAAGAUAUAG